UAAAGUAUAUCCUCCCUCAGAAAAAAGAUAAGCUAAAGGCAGGACGGGGGAUGAAGAUGGCGGACGCCAAGCAGAAGCGGAACGAGCAGCUAAAGCGAUGGCUGGGCUCGGAAACGGACUUAGAGCCGCCCGUCCUUAAGAAGAAAAAGACAAAAGUUAAAUUCGACGACGGCGCCGUUUUCCUUGCCGCCUGCUCGAGCGGUGACACGGACGAAGUGCUCAAGUUACUGGACCGGGGCGCUGACAUCAACUACGCCAAUGUGGACGGACUCACCGCCCUACACCAGGCCUGCAUUGAUGAUAAUGUUGACAUGGUGAGGUUUCUUAUUGAACAUGGAGCCAAUAUCAAUCAGCCAGAUAAUGAAGGCUGGAUACCGUUGCAUGCUGCUGCAUCCUGUGGCUACCUUGAUAUUGCAGAGUAUCUAAUUAGUCAAGGAGCAAAUGUCGGGGCUGUUAAUAGUGAAGGGGAAACUCCACUUGAUAUUGCUGAAGAAGAAGCAAUGGAAGAACUGUUGCAGAAUGAAGUGAAUCGUCAAGGAGUGGAUGUAGAAGCAGCUCGGAAAGAAGAGGAGAGGAUAAUGCAACGUGAUGCACGCCAGUGGUUGAAUAGUGGUCAGAUCAAUGAUGUUCGGCAUAUGAAAUCUGGUGGGACGGCAUUGCAUGUGGCAGCUGCAAAAGGUUAUGCAGAAGUUUUAAAGCUUUUAAUCCAAGCUGGGUAUGACGUAAAUAUUAAAGAUUAUGAUGGAUGGACGCCUCUUCAUGCCGCAGCACAUUGGGGUAAAGAGGAAGCUUGUCGUAUUUUGGUAGAAAAUUUGUGUGAUAUGGAAACUGUUAACAAAGUGGGUCAAACUGCCUUUGAUGUUGCAGAUGAAGAUGUUCUUGGUUAUUUAGAAGAACUGCAAAAGAAGCAGACCUUGCUGCUAAAUGAAAAACAAAAAAAGAAAUCUCCUUUGAUUGAUGAUACUGCUACACUGGAUAAUAAUCAGCCACCAAGCAAAGAGAGUCUCCUGAUUGAACAGGAGAAGAAUGUAACUCCUACUGAAUCUGUAGAGCAGGAAAAAGCGGAUGAGGAGGAAGAGGGAAAAAAGGAUGAAUCAAGCUGCUCUAGUGAGGAAGAGGAGGAAGAGGACUCAGAAUCUGAAACAGAAGGGGAAAAAAGUAAAACUUCUGCACCUGUAAAUGAUGCGAAUAGUACCGCAACACAGCCAGUCAGCGUGACGGUAUCCUCUACUCAGGUGACUCCUACUUCACCAGUUAAGAAGUUUUCUCCACCUGCUGGAAAAGUCUCCCCCAAAGAAGAGGAACGGCGAGAUGAGUCCCCUGCUUCCUGGAGGUCAGGUCUUCGUAAAACUGGCAGCUAUGGAGCUCUGGCAGAGAUCACUUCUGCCAAGGAACCUCAAAAGGAAAAAGACAACACUGGGGUUAUGCGUUCUGCAUCCAGUCCUAGGUUGUCAACCACUCUGGAUAACCGAGAUAAAGAAAGGGAAAGAGAUAACAGAGGAACUAGGCUUGCGUAUGUGACACCCACAAUACCAUCAAGGAGGCUUGCUAGCACAUCUGACAUUGAUGAAAAAGAAAACAGAGAUUCUGCUGCUAGUUUGGUGCGGAGUGGGUCAUACACUCGAAGACGAUGGGAUGAAGACCUUAAGAAUAAUGAAGGAAACACUUCUCCAAAUAAAACCCCAAGUUAUCAGCGCAGCACUUCGUACUCUCUAGCAAUUGGCAGAAGUAGCAGUGUGAGAGAUGUACCAUCUAAGUCUUCAUCUGCCAUCAGCUUGGAGCCUAAUAACACUAAACCUUGGCAGUCUUCUUCUCAGUGUUCAUCUUACAGCAUUUAUAGAAGUGGCUCUUUUGGAAGAAAACCAGAUGAUGUAGUUAAUUCCAAUGUUCCAUCCACUCUGCCUCUUACCUCACCCACUAGUCUACAAAGGAGUUUUCUCUCCAGUACAAAUACCACUACCAAAACAGCAGUAUCAACAACACCGACCUUCACAAGCAGUACCUCAAAUCGGUUUUGGCCUGAGGAAACUGGGGACAAGGAGAAGGAGUCUGGGCCUGCAUCUGUGGCAGUUAUUCCUACCAUUAUCAAUACAGCAGCCACUACCACCAGCAGCACCACUACUGGAAAACCUGUUACGACUGAAAGUCGGGAGAGACGCAGUAGAUCUUACCUCACUCCUGUCCGAGAUGAAGAGUCAGAAUCACAAAGAAAAGCAAGGUCACGGCAGGCAAGACAGUCAAGAAGGUCAACGCAGGGUGUAACACUAACUGAUCUCCAAGAAGCUGAAAAAACUAUUGGCAGAAGCCGUCCAACUCGGCCUAGAGAAGAGGAAAAAGAAAAGGAAGAAAAGGAAAAACAGGACAGGGAAAAACAAGAGGAGAAGAAAGAGUCUGAAACACGAGAAGAUGACCAGCGGGCGCGAUAUCGAGACUUAGAAGAGCCUUACCAGCGGUCACGGUCAAUAAACAGUUCAACCACAUCUUCUACGUCCUCUGGUUCACUAACCUCCUCAGGCAGCUCUUUAUAUUCAUCUAGUUCAUUAAAUAGGCCUAACAGUUUAAUAGGCAUAACUUCUGCGUACCACAGCUACUCUAGGACUUCAUACAGAGAAACAGAAAAAGAAGCUGACAAAAAAGAGGAGGAUAAAGAAGACGAUAAGUCAGAUGAUAAGUCUCAGCACAGAUCUGUACGAGACAGAAGGCGGCCUAGAGAAAAACGGCGGUCCACAGGAGUUCCUGUUUAUACACACGAUAGUGAUGAAAAUGAUCAGGAACAGUCGGAUACAGAAGAAGGAGUUAGCAAAAAUGAGUUACAGACUGAUCGUCUAUUCAGCUGCAGUGAAAACAGAAAACCAUAUAACAGCAGAGUGGACCGACAAGAUACAGUUGACUAUAAAAAGCUUUAUGAACAGAUACUUGUGGAGAAUGAAAAACUGAAGGCACAACUACGCGAUACAGAUUUGGAGCUUGCAGAUUUAAAAGUACAGCUAGAAAAGGCAACACAGAGGCAAGAACGAUUUGCUGACAGGUCACUAUUGGAAAUGGAAAAAAGGGAAAGGAGAGCCUUGGAAAGGAGGAUAUCAGAGAUGGAGGAAGAACUUAAGAACCUUCAUCAAGUAAAGCAGAUUCAGACUCUGAGGCAAUUAAAUGAGAGGUUAAUGGCUGAAAACAGGGCUCUGACCAGAGUGGUGGCUAAGUUAUCAGAGUCCUGUAGUCAUCUGCAUUCUGUGGACUUGUAGUCCCUUCCCAUUCUUCAUAUCCUGUGCCCCUUCAUAGAGAGAUGCUACCAGACUUGAAAGCAGACAACCAGAGGCUAAAGGAUGAAAAUGGAGCCUUGAUUAGAGUCAUAAGCAAACUUUCAAAA